GUUUUUGAAAAGACGCGAAAAAUUAAAAGAAAAUCAAAACAAAUAUUUAUCUCGUGAAUUUUCCUUAAUUUAAGCACUAGAUAAGCAUUGGAUUCGAUGGGACCUGAUCCAGAAAAGUUAAUAAAUCGUGACAAUAGCUUUGACACAGGCGAUUAUGUGAUAAAUAAUCAAUUAGACGAUGAAAUGGAUAUUGAAGAAAAUCAAAUGAAUGAUGGAUAUUUUAUGCUAAAUGAUCAAGAUCAACAGCACAUUCCAGCAAACGACGAUGACUCAGACGAGUCGGAAGAUGAUGAAGAAAUGAACGAGUAUUCAUUCCCAGAAAAUAAUCAAGAAUCUCCAGUUAAUGCACCAAAUGUUCCUAUAAUAAGAAGCUCAUCAACUGAAUUAGUCACAGAUGUUUGGAAUAACAGCACAUCCAGUUCCAACAUAGAGAUCACGAAUGAGAAGUCAGAGCAAAUUACACAAAUUAUGAGUAAAAUCACACUUCCAAAUGCCCCAGCAUGGCUCAAUGAAAUAAAUCCAGAAAACAUUCUAGACCGAAUAAAGAACAAAAAUAAAGGAAACAGCUCAGAUGCAAAUAAGUAAUUUUAAGUGCUAAGACAAUAAAUAUGCUAUAAUUUAACCAUAUCGUGAUUUAAGGUUUAACGGCUUUUUAAGAUUUGAAUUUGUUUAAGAUUUAAUGUGCUUUGUCAGAGAUGAAAUUCUGCAAAUAAAUUUGAAAAUUUAACGGUUUUUAAAAGCUCAA